UCCGCGGCGUUCGGCCUCCCAGCCGCUCGCGCAGUCGGGCUGGGGCUCUACGCGGGACCCCCGCCCAGCCCUCCGCCGCCCCCAGCGGUCCCCAACCCCAGGCCGGAGGAGAGACAGGCCCCCGAGGCAGGCUCCACAUCCUGAGCACCAGGAUCCCCCAGGACAUUCUCUGGCCCUCAGGCCCCAGGGCUCUGGGCUGAACCGACACAGGCCCCACCUGGCCUCUCCAAUGUCACCACCUCUGCGUCCCCUCCUUCUCCUGGCCCUGGGCCUGGGUCUGGCUGGAACUCUCAACCCCAAGGAUCCCAAUGCCUGCAGCUUCUGGGAAAGCUUCACUACCACCACCAAGGAGUCCCACUCCCGCCCCUUCAGCCUGUUCCCCUCGGAGUCCUGUGACAGGCCCUGGGAGGGUCCCCAUGCCUGUCCCCAGCCCACGGUUGUCUACCGCACCGUGUACCGUCAGGUGGUGAAGACGGACCACCGUCGGCGCCUGCAGUGCUGCCGGGGCUUCUACGAGAGCAGCGGGGCCUGUGUCCCACUCUGUGCCCAGGAAUGCGUCCAUGGCCGCUGUGUGGCACCCAAUCAGUGCCAGUGUGUGUCAGGCUGGCGGGGUGAUGACUGCUCCAGUGAGUGUGCCCCAGGAGUGUGGGGGCCACAGUGUGACAAGCCCUGCAGCUGCGGCAACAGCAGCUCCUGUGAUCCCAAGAGUGGGGUAUGUUCUUGCCCCUCUGGCCUGCAGCCCCCAAACUGCCUUCAGCCUUGCAGCCCUGGUCACUAUGGCCCUGCCUGCCAGUUCAGCUGCCAGUGCCACGGGGCACCCUGUGAUCCCCAGACUGGAGCCUGCUUCUGCCCCCCAGAGAGAACUGGGCCCAGCAGCUGUGAUGUGUCCUGUCUCCAGGGCACUGCUGGCUUCUGCCCCAGCACUGAUCCUUGCCAAAAUGGAGGUGUCUUCCAGGCCCCCCAGGGCCCCUGCAGCUGCCCACCUGGCUGGAUGGGCACCAUCUGCUCCCUGCCCUGCCCAGAGGGCUUCCACGGACCCAACUGCUCCCAGGAAUGUCGCUGCCACAACGGCGGUCUCUGCGACCGAUUCACUGGGCAGUGCCGCUGCGCUCCGGGCUACACCGGGGAUCGGUGCCGUGAGGAGUGCCCAGUGGGCCGCUUCGGGCAGGACUGUGCUGAGACGUGCGACUGCGCCCCCGGCGCCCGCUGCUUCCCGGCCAACGGCGCGUGUCUGUGUGAACACGGCUUCACCGGGGACCGCUGCGCCGAGCGCCUCUGCCCGGACGGCCUCUAUGGCCUCGGCUGCCAGGCGUCCUGCACCUGCGACCCGGAGCACAGCCUCAGCUGCCACCCGAUGAACGGGGAGUGCUCGUGCCUGCCGGGCUGGGCGGGCCUCCACUGCAACGAGAGCUGCCCGCAGGACACGCACGGCCCGGGGUGCCAGGAGCACUGUCUCUGCCUGCACGGCGGCGUCUGCCAGGCCGACAGCGGCCUCUGCCGGUGCGCGCCCGGCUACACGGGCCCUCACUGCGCUAGCCUCUGUCCGCCCGACACUUACGGUGUCAACUGCUCCGCACGCUGCUCAUGCGAAAAUGCCAUCGCCUGCUCACCCAUCGACGGCGCGUGCAUCUGCAAGGAAGGUUGGCAGCGUGGUAACUGCUCUGUGCCCUGCCCGCCUGGAACCUGGGGCUUUGGUUGCAAUGCCAGCUGCCAGUGUGCCCAUGAGGCAGUCUGUAGCCCCCAAACUGGAGCCUGUACCUGCACCCCUGGUUGGCACGGGGCCCACUGCCAGCUGCCCUGCCCGAAGGGGCAGUUUGGUGAAGGUUGUGCCAGUCGCUGUGACUGUGACCACUCUGAUGACUGCGACCCUGUUCAUGGACACUGCCAGUGCCAGGCUGGCUGGAUGGGUACCCGCUGCCACUUGCCCUGCCCUGAGGGCUUCUGGGGAGCCAACUGCAGCAACACCUGCACCUGCAAGAAUGGGGGCACCUGCCUCCCUGAGAAUGGGAAUUGUGUGUGUGCACCUGGAUUCCGAGGCCCCUCCUGCCAGAGAUCUUGUCAGCCCGGCCGCUAUGGUAAACGCUGUGUGCCCUGCAAGUGUGCCAACCACUCCUCCUGCCACCCCUCGAAUGGGACUUGCUACUGCCUGGCUGGCUGGACAGGCCCUGACUGCUCCCAACCAUGCCCCCCAGGACACUGGGGAGCCAACUGCGCCCAGACCUGCCAAUGUCACCAUGGCGGGACCUGCCACCCCCAGGAUGGGAGCUGUGUCUGCCGCCCAGGCUGGACUGGACAUCGCUGCUUGGAAGGCUGCCCUCCAGGGGUGUUUGGUGCCAACUGCUCCCAGUCAUGCCAGUGUGGUCCUGGAGAAAGGUGCCACCCAGAGACCGGGGCCUGUGUGUGUCCCCCGGGGCACAGUGGUGCGCCUUGCAGGAUUGGAAGCCAGGAGCCCUUCACCAUGAUGCCUGCCUCUCCAGUGGCCUAUAACUCACUGGGUGCAGUGAUUGGCAUUGCGGUACUGGGGUCCCUCGUGGUGGCCCUGGUGGCACUGUUCAUUGGCUACCGCCAUUGGCAAAAAGGCAAGGAGCACCAACACCUGGCAGUGGCCUACAGCAGUGGGCGACUGGAUGGCUCUGAGUAUGUCAUGCCAGAUGUCCCUCCAAGCUACAGUCACUACUACUCCAACCCCAGCUACCACACCCUGUCACAGUGCUCCCCGAACCCCCCGCCCCCUAACAAGGUUCCAGGCAGUCAGCUUUUUGCCAGCCUCCAGGUCCCUGAGCGGCCAGGUGGAGCCCACGGGCAUGAUAACCACGCCACCCUGCCUGCUGACUGGAAGCACCGCCGGGAGGUCCCCAUGGGGCCUCUGGACAGGGGUGGCAGUCGCCUGGACAGAAGCUACAGCUACAGCCACAGCAGCAGUAAUGGCCCAGGCUCGUUCUAUAACAAAGGACCCAUCUCUGAAGAGGGGCUGGGGGCCAGCGUGGCUUCCCUGAGCAGUGAGAACCCCUACGCCACCAUCCGGGACCUGCCUGGCCUGCCAGGGGGCCCCCGGGAGAGCAGCUACGUGGAGAUGAAAGGCCCUCCCUCGGGAUCUCCCCGCAGGCAGCGGGACAGCCAGAGGCGGUGGCAGCCCCAGCCACAGAGAGACAGUGGCACCUAUGAGCAGCCCAGCCCCCUCAUCCACGACCGAGACUCUGUGGGCUCACAGCCCCCACUGCCCCUGGGCCUGCCCCCCGGCCACUAUGACUCACCCAAGAACAGCCACAUCCCUGGACACUAUGACUUGCCUCCAGUGCGGCACCCCCCAUCACCCCCACUUCGACGCCAGGACCGUUGAGGGGCCACGAUGGUGUGGCAGAGGCCAGCACACCUGGCCCUUGCUGCCGAAGGCUGGGGACAGAGCCUGUGUGCCCUGCCAGGAGCAGGGAGCGGACCGGCAGGCCGCGAACUUGACACAUUCAACAGAGGAACUGAAUGGAGAGAUGGGAGCCUGGCUCCCAGGUGUCAUCAUGGGAGACACUGGCCAGCAGGAUGCCUGGUUCCCUUCUCCCAACCCGCUGCUCCCCAAGGGCUCCAGGGCCCUGUGUACAUAAACUGGUGGGUUGGACGUUGCCGGAUAACUCUGAUCUCAGAUUGAUUUCAAAAAUGUGUAUUGGGUACUUUCUCUGUGCAUGCCUGAGCUGAGAGCUGUGUGUGUGUGUGUGUGUGUGUGUGUGUGUGUGUGUGUGUGCGCGUGCACGCUUUAAUCGCACUGGCCUCCAGGUCCUGUCUGCCACGCUGCCUCCUACCACAGGGACUUGCACAGCUAGAGUGCUCUUCCUUCCCCACUCACCUGUGGACACCAGCUUGUCCUUCACAUGUCCUCCUCAGGGAGCGCCCACCUGCAUACCUCUUUCACAGUGCUCAUCGCAGCUGUGUUCAGCCACCAGGUACCUGCAGAAGGCCUACAGGGUGCCAGGCACCUCUCUAAUGUUUGUUACUUGUUUAUGUGAUUAUUUGGUUGCUCUCUGCCUCCCCCACUAGGCUGUAAGCUCCCUGAAGGCAGGACUCCUAUGUUUAUGUCAAUAUUGGCUCCCUCUGACACAUAGUAGGCACUCAAUAAAUGCUCCCCCAAAGGCUAAGUGGCUGAGUGAAUUAAAGUACCAGUUACACUGUGGUAAGUGCUAAAAGAGAUGGUCACACUGUGCCCUGUGGGAGUUAAGAGGCUGGAGGCUUUCCCAAAGGGUGGCAUUUCCACAGGUGGACAAUACAGAGGCUCAAAGGUGGGAAGGUGGAAGCGGCAGGGGUGGGGCGGGGAUGGAGCUAAGUGAGGUGCAGAGGCUGGAGGCAGGAAGGAUGACAGGAGAAGGUGUAUAGGCACACCUUGUUUUAUUGUGCUUUGCUUUAUUGCACCCCAUUGUGCUUUGCAGAUAUUGCAUUCUUUUUAGAAAUUGAAGGUUUUGUGGCAACACUGCUCCGAGCAAGCCCAUUGGCAUCAUUUUCCCAAUAGCAUGUGCUCACUUGUCUGUGUGUCACAUUUUGGUAAUUCUUGCAAUAUUUCAAACUUUUUCAAUAUUAUUAUAUCUGUUACGGUGAUCUGUGAUCAAUGAUCUUUGAUAUUACUAUUGUAAUUGUUUUGGGAGCCAUGAAUCGUGCCCAUAUAACACAGCAAGCUUAAUCAAUAAAUGUCGUGUGUGUUCUGGCUGCUCCACCGA